GGUUAUGAUGCCAUGUUCCGGGUCUGAUAGGGAUGCCAUCAUGCUAACGUCAUACCCCAAGUGAAGUAUACAGCUUUUAUAAUUAAGUGUCCAGACCACCCAUUUUCAGAUAGGAUUUUCAUCAAUUUUUGAAUUAUCAAACCUCGUUGAUCUGCGUCUUUUCAUUGUCAAUUUAUCACAAUGGAGGAACACACUGAGCGCUCAGCCCAAGGACCGCAGUCCCAAUUCCAGCCUGGUAUUGUCUCCCAGUAGACUUCUUGACCUUGACUAAAUUCAACAUAAUGCUAAUGAUUUUUUUUUUCAAGGCCACAAGGUCCCCAUCCAGCACCAGCAAAAGCCCGGGCUCCAGUCUCAGAUGGCUGGGCCUAAGCCGACCUCGACACAAAUUCCCACUGAAGACAACGGGUACCAGACAUACAAGUCGGCGAACAAGCUAGAAGGCAAAAGAGCGAUUAUCACGGGCGGUGACUCAGGAAUUGGCCGUGCUAUUGCCAUCCUAUACGCUCUUGAAGGAGCUUCGAGCUUGAUUGUGUACCUGCCCGAGGAGGAGAAGGAUGCGCAGGAGACCAAGAAGCGAGUAGAAGAAGCGGGUCGCCAAUGUCACUUAUUGGCAGCUGACCUGACAAAGAAGGAAAAUUGUCAAAAAGUGGUUGACCACGCUCUGAAAACCCUUGGGGGGAUUGACAUUCUGGUCAACAACGCGGCUUACCAGAACAUGAUCCCGGAUAUCCAUGAUUUGACUGAGGAUCAAUGGGAACAUACUUUCGAUGUGAACAUUCAUCCGUACUUCUACCUAUCCAAAUACGCCCUUCCCCACCUGCACAAUGGCUCGGCCAUCAUCAACUGUGCUUCCAUCAACGCGUAUAUCGGUCGCCCCGAUCUGCUAGACUACACAUCCACCAAGGGAGCCAUCAUCUCAUUCACAAGAGGGCUAUCCAACCAAGUAAUCGGCAAGGGCAUUCGAGUCAAUGCAGUCUGCCCAGGUCCAGUAUGGACUCCCCUUAUUCCUGCGACAAUGACUUCAGAGGCCAUGGACCAAUUCCAUGGCGUCCCUAUUGGUCGACCCGCCCAGCCAAGUGAGAUCGCUACUUGUUUUGUGUUCUUGGCUAGCCAGGACAGCAGCUAUAUCUCAGGGCAGAGUUUGCAUCCCAAUGGCGGAGUAGUGGUUAACGGAUAGGUUUUACGCUUAUUAUUAUUGUUGUAUAAUGUCUGAAAACUUUUCUCUAAUGACAAUUAUUGAUGCAACACCUAUAGCCAAGUAGAGCUUGAGCUUUUGAAUAUUAAAUCCAAUGACGUCAUAUAUAGUUCACACUACUUAUCAGCAACCCCCGCCCAUUUCCAGGGCAAACAACCAUUGUACCA